AACUCCCAUGCAGUGAUGUCCAAGCUGAAAUCAUGAAGAGAACUGCUGAUAAAGGAAAAGAUCAGCAAUGUCCAAUUCCUUCAUUUGAUCUGAAUCUCCCCAUCACCAACCACACCGAUGAUGAUCGCACCGCGGUCAGGAGAGAAAUCAAUCUGUUGGGUUCCCCUGUAAUCAUCAAUGAACCCCGGAACGAUGUUCAGGGGAAUUUGAAGGUUCGUCCUGAUUCUGUGAAGGGAAACUUUCAUUGUAAAUUCUGCGACAAGAGUUUCAGAAACUCGCAAGCUCUUGGUGGGCACCAAAAUUCCCACAAGCAAGAGCGACUGCUAAUGAAAAAGAAAAAAGGAAUCGAGUCAGUGCUACGGCUCCUCGAACGUUGCCCUUUUUCCCCUUACCAUCCAUCAAUGGUUGACCCAGUGUUCCCAGCUCGAUUUGGCUUGAGCAGGACUAGUCCUCUUGGCAUUAACAUGAACUCCGUGAUUCACAAACCCUACCCUUCUGUUUGCGCUCAUCAUCGUCGACUUGGAUUUGGUGGCUACACUGGGUGGCCAAGACAUGCAUCCUCCUUCUCAAACCAUCGUGUCCCCGUGCAUGAUGGUCUUUGGGCUCCUAAUGGUGCAUAUCCAUCGCUGGACACUACGUCUUUGGGCAUCAUUAAUCGCAGAGCUCUGCCGUUUGGUAAUAAUACAGCCGGCGGCAGUGCUUUGCUUAGAAAUCUUGGUGGUGGUGGUGGUAUAGCUGAUAAUUGGAACCCUGUUGGUGUUGCUGAUUUUCUCUCUGGUGUUAGUGUUCCAGAGAACAAGAACCUCGAUCUUCCGAGAUCAAACAUGCCCUUUUAGUUCAUGAGGGUUAAAUUUUC